GUGAAUUCGUGGCACGCAGCGCCUCUCCUGAGCGGAGCUGCUGGACGAAGGGAUCCGAUAAGGAACUUUACGCUGCAGCUGCUGUAUGUUCUUUUCUUGUUUGCUUGUUGUUUGUGUUCAGAGGUCCACGUGAGAUCGUAAGCAGUUCCUGGUUUCUCUAUUCCACGCCUUCGAGGAGCGUGCGUGUACAGUCGCGGAGGGAGCGCGUGCAGCAUGCGCUCUUUUCACCGGGAGCGCGCAUCUGGAGGGGUAUCAUGAAAGCAUCAGGCACACUCCCAGCCCCAGGAGAAGCCCCCCUCCCGCGCGGGAGAAGCGCGCGCCGCCGCCGCCGCACGGAGCCACCCGCUCGGCACCGCAACUUUCCGUCCCCCCUGUAGUAUAAAGUUCUUGUUUUUCGUUUUUUUAUUAUUAAUGAUUGAUUUUAGAUCGCAGUUCCUAAAUGUGGGUUUUAACGGAUCGUAAUCUACGCACUCGUUGAACUGCGUGAUCAAAUUCUGCGCUGAGACAGUUCCUCGAGUAGAGAUGGAGGUGAGGAGCGCGCAGGACGGCGCUCAGGACGGCGCUCCGCCCGGCAGCCAUGAGAAGAGGUUCAUCGUGCGCUACCUGGGCUGGGCCCCCCUGGACCGGCGCACCACGCUGCCCAUGCUGCCCUGGCUCGUGGCCGAGAUCCGCAGGAAGGGCGAGAGGGGCGACGGCGCGGGGCACGCGCACGCCCGCGAGGUGCAGCUGCGCCUCGCGCCGCCGCUGCUGCGCUGCGUGCCGGCCGACAGCGCCGGCGCCUCCGUGUUCGUCUUCGAGCACCACGCGCACGCCAUCUCGCGCUUCGUGCACAACAGCCACGACGUGUGCUGCUUCGCGUACCUGAUGAGGAACCGGCCCGACGAUCCCGAGUCCGAGAUGGCGUGCCACGUGUUCCGGGCGCGCGAGCCCGGCCAGGUGCCGGACAUCAUCAGCAGCAUCCGUCAGGUGUCUAAAGCGGCACUGAAGGAGGACGUGUGGCCCAAGCAGGAGACGGAGGAUGCCUUCUACAACUCUCAGAAAUUUGAGGUGCUCUACUGCGGCAAGGUGACGGUGGCUCACAAGAGGGCGCCCUCCACAAUCAUCGAUGACUGCAUUGAAAAGUUCCAGCAGUAUGAGGUCGAACGUCGGCGCCCACCUCUGGUCAACGAUGUCCCCCCGGAGCUCUUACCAGCCGAUCGGGACCCCCUAAGCGCCAUAGUGGGUGGCUGGGAGCCUGAGAGCCUGGAUGUGGAGGAGGCAGCUGACGUAGUCCUUAGGUCCAGUAGUCUGAGAGGCAGCCUUCCAGAAUGCAUCCUGGAGGACUCCUCCGGGUUCGAGGAGCAACAAGAGUUCCGUACCCGGUGCGGCAGCCUGGCAGCGGGGCUGCGGCAGCGGUCGAGGGAAGCUGCGUCUGGUCAAGCUCCCUCCCGACGCAGGCACGCCAGCGCCCCCAGCCACGUGCAGCCGACGGAUGCCGAAAAGAACCGCACCAUGUUGUUCCAGGUCGGCCGCUUUGAGGUCAAUCUUAUUAGCCCGGACAGCAAGACCGUGGUGCUCGAGAAGAACUUCAAAGACAUUUCUUCCUGCUCUCAGGGGAUUAAACACACGGACCACUUUGGGCUCAUCUGCCGGGAUGCGGCGGAGUCCGGCCGGAGCCAGUACGUGUGUUACGUGUUCCAGUGCGCCAACGAGUCUCUGGUGGACGAGGUGAUGCUGACGCUGAAGCAGGCCUUCGGCACGGCGGCGGCACUGCGGAGCUCCAGGACCCAGGUGAAGCUGUGCGAGGCCUGCCCCAUGCACGACCUGCACAAGCUGUGCGAACGCAUCGAAGGUCUUUACCCUCCCAGGGCCAAGCUGGCUAUUCAGACCUAUCUCUCUCAGCUGACGGACAGCGAGCAGGUGGACAUCUUUGAGCGCGUGCAGAAGAUUAAACCAGCCUCAGACCAGGAGGAGAACGAGCUGGUGAUUUUACACCUGAGGCAGCUGUGCGAGGCCAAGCAGAAAACCCACCUGCACAUCGGCGAGGCCCCCCAGAAUGCCCACAACAACAUAGCGCCUGAGAGCUCUACGUCCACCGGCCGCUUUAAGCUGGACAUCCUGAAGAACAAAGCACGCAGCUCUCUGACCAGCUCCCUGGAGAACAUCUUUUCACGGGGGGCCAGCAGGAUGCGAGGGCGUCUCGGAAGCAUGGGCAGCUUUGAGCGCCAGGACGACUCGCCCGGAGACUCCCCGCCUGGAACGCCCCCCAGCUCCUCGCUGUGUCUGUCCGAGGAGGACCCCUCUGCCGUCCCGUUCCGCCGGCGUGCCCACACGUUCAGCCACCCGCCCGUGAAGAAGAGAAUCUCCUUCGAUUCGCACGGCACCAAGGGCCCUCUCUGGCGCCAGCAAUCGGUGGCUCCUGAACUGCUCCAGAGCAGCCCCGUGAGAAUCUCGAGAGCGCGCAGCAUUUCCGAGAGCGAGUCGUCCUCCAGCCUGCCGUCCUCUUUCUCGGCCCCCAGUUUCCUGAAAAACUUUUACCAGGGCUCUCUGGGUUCUCUGGCUGACAGCGGGACCCUCAAGAGCAAUGGCGAGGGUCGUAAGAGGACCCUCUCGGGGUGCAGCACCGACUCCCUGAGUGGCGCUGCUGUGCCCUGCUCCCCACGUCGUAUCUCGUGGCGUCAGAAGAUAUUCCUGCAGGUGGCGUCUCCCCUGAGUAAAGCCCCUGGCUCCAUGCAUCGUCCAGACAGUCUGGAUGCGAGGGAGCUCCUGCCCCUCUCCCCACGUGCCUCUGCCCAGGAGCAGGACCCCCUGGACUGCCUGCUGGGCCUGUCCCCCGGGGAGAAAGUCCGACGCACAUCGGUCGACUACCGGACCCUGUGGAAGAAGGCCAUCCAUCAGCAGAUCCUCCUGCUGCGCAUGGAGAAGGAAAACCAGCGCCUGGAAGCAAGCAGAGAUGAGUUGCACAUCCGGAAGAUGAAGUUGGACUACCAAGAAGUUGGUCAGUGCUCCAAGGAAGCUCAGGAUGCCUGGGAGAAGAAGUUGAGUGUCCCAGGCAGAUCCACGAUACAGUGCGAUAUGGAGGAGAUCCACAUGGCCCUCUGCCAGGGCGUGCCAAAAGGCCGCCGCGGGGAGGUGUGGCACCUCCUCUCUCAACAGCACCGUUUGCGUCACCGCCUGCCCUGCAAGCAGCAGCCCCCAGACACCUCCUACCAGGACCUCCUCAAGCAACUGACUGCACAGCAACAUGCCAUCCUCGUGGACUUGGGACGAACUUUCCCCACCCACCCAUACUUCUCGGCACAGCUGGGGGCAGGACAGCUUUCCCUCUACAACCUGCUGAAGGCCUACUCCCUGCUGGACACUGAAGUGGGCUACUGCCAGGGUAUCAGCUUUGUGGCUGGCGUACUGCUGCUGCACAUGAGCGAGGAGCAGGCGUUCGAAAUGCUCAAGUUCCUCAUGUACGACAUGGGCUUCCGGCGACAGUAUCGGCCCGACAUGGUCUCCCUUCAGAUCCAGAUGUACCAGCUGUCCCGCCUAUUGCAUGAUUACCACCGGGAGCUGUACAGCCACCUGGAGCAGCAUGAGGUGUGCCCCAGCCUGUACGCUGCCCCUUGGUUCUUAACCCUCUUCGCCUCCCAGUUCCCCCUGGGCUUCGUUGCCCGGGUCUUCGACUUCCUGUUUGUCCAGGGCACGGAGGUGAUCUUCAAGGUUGCAUUGGGUCUGCUGAGAGGUCACGAAGGGGAGAUCAUGGAGUGCGAUAGCUUUGAGACUAUUGUGGACUACCUUAAGACGACGAUCCCUACCCUGACGCAAGGGCAAAUGGAACAGACAAUCAGUCAGGUGCUGGAGAUGGACAUCUCGAAGCAGCUCCAGGCCUAUGAGGUAGAAUACCACGUUCUGCAGGAUGAGGUGCUGGACACCUCAUCUCUGUUGGAUGACUCCGACCGCUUGGACAAGCUAGAGAAGACCAACACACAGCUGAAGAAGCAGAACAUGGAUCUGCUAGAGAAGUUGCAGGCUGCUAGAGUAAAGAUCCAGAGCCUGGAGGUGAACAUGGAGAACUUCCUGUUGCGGGAGAAUAAGAUGAAGCAGCUGAUUCGCUCCCUGGAGCAGGAGAAGGCCUCCUACCAGAAGACCAUCGAGCGCAUGCGCAGCUCUCUGCCCCCUGGUGCGCUCUGCGACAUCGAGAUGACCCACAUCAAGGCCGGCGACAAGGCGGGCAGCACCAAGCCCUGACCGGGAAAGGUGCAACAACCGUCCACUGUCCACCUAGUCCAACCUGGAUGGAUUGGCAUGGAUUGGGAAAAUGAGUUUUAAAAAACUGGGAAAAUACAUUUACUAAUGUGGCCUUGGGCUUUGAGACCUGAAAUGUUUUUCUUUUUUCUUUUCAAAACCGCAGCAGCCUUGUAGGUGGGGGCAGGCGUGGCAAGUUCCUCCAUCGCUGUUUUGUGUCGGUAUGAAUGUGUGUGAAAAGACUGUAAAGACGCAUGUGUGACUCAUGUGUUUCCCACAAUGCACCUGUGCGGACGCACCCCGCCGAGGGCGUUGUGCACCGAGGCCUCCCUGCACAGUCUUGGGUGUCCCGCCAUUCAUUGAACAUUGAAUAUACUUUGAAAAUACUUGAAAACAAGGUGAAUGUACUUUCUUUCAGUGACGGUGCAGCUUGCGGUUCUUUACUUGCCGUCGGUGCCGGGAUGCUGUAGAGGCGCUGCGUUUCUCUCCCAUCUCGCUCGCCGGCUGCUUUAAAGCUCCAAGUUGCGACAGAGCCUGACUGUCGUCCUUUCAGCAUGAGAACCAAAUAUUUACUAGUUCUGCAAUUCGCAGGAUGUGCUUCACCCGACAUUCGGCAGGAUGUGAGCGUCUGCCAGCUGGUUUCCUGUGCGAUUGACCGAGGUGCCAGUGAGGUCGGCCGUCUGCUUGCUCUCCCACCGCGGGCGCCGCCCUCUCCUCGCCCCCGCCGUCGCGUAUCGUUCUUAAUCGCCGCCACCACCCAUCCAGUUGACCCACUCCGUCCACGGUUCGAGAACGGACAUGCAGGAAGUGGGUCUCAAGAAGGGCGGACCCUGGCUCUUUCAACACGGCGCCUGAUGGCGAUACGGUGUCUUGUAGCAACGCAGGCGCAGAUUUUUACUGUGUUAGAGGGUUAUUAAUUUUUAAAAAAAUUUUACUGUUGUUUUCUUGUACCUUCCUGUCUGAGGUGUCUCUUCUGUCUCCUUUCGAAAAUGUUGCUCUUGGUUUUGUAAAUAAACAUCUUGGU